AAAGUUUAAGCCCAGCCCAAGCCGACACAUUAAAUUACAGCGACAAAGCCGUGAAUUCUACAACGCACGCGCUACGAUGAAAUUCACAGAUUCACCAGUGAUCGAACUGCCGGUGCGCGACGCCGUCCUCUCCCUCCAACAAGACAACGGAUCCAUACACGUCGGCACCUCCGUCUGGCCGUGCUCCUUAGUCCUCGCCAAAUUCGCCGAACGCUGGGCCCUACACGCCCCCAACAACCCCUACUCUAACCUCCUCGAUUUCCGCCGACGCCGUGCCAUCGAGCUCGGCACAGGAUGUGGUGCCGCUGGCAUGGCUUUCCACCUCCUCGGCCUCACCGAUCUCAUACUCACCGACAUCUCUCCCGUCAUGCCCGCUCUCAAGCACAACCUCAAACGCAACAAAUCCGUCCUCGGCAAAAGCCUAAAGACCGCCGUUAUGUACUGGAACAACCAGGACCAAAUCAGGGCCGCGAAUCCGCCUUUCGACAUCGUGAUCGCUGCCGAUGUUGUUUACAUUGAGGAGUCCGUGGGCCAGCUUGUGGGGGCCAUGGAGGCACUGGUGGCGGAUGACGGCGUGGUGCUGUUAGGGUACCAGUUGAGAUCGCCAGAGGCGGAUAAGUUGUUCUGGGAAUUAUGCGAGACUGUUUUCUCCAUCGAGAAGGUUCCACACGAAGAUUUGCAUCCCGAUUACGCUUACGAGGAGACUAGUGUUUACAUUUUCAGGAAGAAGAACUAAUUAUGAAUUGUAUUUUUUUUUUCCUUUUUCAAUGAAUUGUAUUUUCUGUUAUCAGAAACUUUUUGUUUUCUGUUUGGAUAGAAUUCGUUGACUCUUUUC